GCAGUAAAAGCUGUGUAUGUCCUCAUACAAAUCAAACAAUGGAUGAAGAAAUAAGAGCCCCCGAAAAUAUCAAAUGUCUGGUUUCCUUUUUGUUUCUUUUCAACCUAAAACUCCACCCAAUAGCUAAAGGCUAUAAAACCACACAAUUAAAGCCUGUCAGACACUAACCUCUAUCCUUCUUAAGAAGUGACCCGUGUCCGCAAGAUCACCCACAGCGAUGACAUCUCAAGGCAUUCAAAUCCUGGGCAUUAUGCUUGCAAUGAUGGGUUGGUUUGGGAGCAUCAUCGCUUGCGGCCUGCCUAUGUGGAGGGUCACAGCAUUUGUCGGGGCGAACAUUGUCACCGCACAGAUCAUUUGGGAGGGUUUGUGGAUGAACUGCGUCGUGCAGAGCACCGGACAGAUGCAGUGCAAGGUGUACGACUCCAUGCUGGCUCUGUCGCAAGACAUGCAGGCAUCUCGAGCCAUGAUCAUCAUUUCCAUUAUGGUCGGAGUCUUUGGCUUCCUGAUAGCUGUGGUUGGAGGAAAGUGUACGAACUGCCUGGAGGACGAAGCAGCUAAAGCAAGAGCAUGCAUAGUUUCAGGGGUAAUUCUCAUCAUCGCUGGGAUUCUUAUACUUGUGCCUGUGUGCUGGUCUACCCACAUCCUUAUUAGAGACUUUUACAACCCAUUAUUAAUUGCUGCCCAGCGUCGGGAGCUGGGAGCCUGUUUGUACAUAGGCUGGGGAUCUGCAGGUCUCUUGCUGUUGGGCGGUGCACUUCUUUGUUGGAACUGCCCGUCCAGUGAGAACAGGCCCUAUAUAGCUACCAAAUACGCCCCUGCCAGAACCAUGACUCCAGCAAUGGAUUAUGUGUAAACUGUAAAAUUAUCAUAUCUGUGUGUACAAAUUGGAGACAAUUUAUAAAAUCAAGUAAACUGACAUAUUGAUAAACUUUGUGUCACUUAAUGCCUAAAAAAAUGUAUACAUUGAUAUAACAUUUUCAAAAUAAUUUUAUAAUAUAAGUUACAAUUGUGUUUAUUAAAUGAAUAUGUGUGACUGAGCACAACAUCACUUCAUCUAAAAUACAGAUAUUAACUGUAAAAAUUAUUUUACAUACAGGUACAUUUCAUUGAAAAGAUCCAAAACUUUUUUAUUUUACAGACACACCCUUUCUGUGAAAACCCAGUUAAAGUCAUUUUUUGUGAUUUAUAGUUUUUUUUAACAUAAAAUCAUAAUUUAUAAUAUAAAGGACAUUCUGUGAAAAUAUAACCUUGAUAUAUUUAAUAUUGACUGAGUAAGGUCCGGAUUGAAAUCAAUGUGAAAUC